AUGGGCAACGAGACUCCACAUCGGGUUACUGGAUAUUACGUAGCAUUUCCGGUGAUUCCAGAAGACUCUGUGGAAAACAAUUCCUUCAUGAGGAAUAUAGCAAAAAACGAAGAUUGGCCUCCUUUGGCUACAGCUACCCCUAGAGAUAUGUACGAAGGUACUGUAAAAAUGCUUAUGGAAUAUGGAGCCACGUGUGUGGAACAUCUGGAACAUUUAGAAGACACGAAAGAAGAAGCAAAAACUUUCGAGAAUGUUGUGGAUCCACUUUUGACGGAAGAAUAUGAGGUUAACUAUGCCUUUCAAACGUUGCUUCUAAAAAUGCUCACCGACUGGCCGGAUUCGAGUAAAUUGUUGUUGAAUGCGGAUCUACAUCAUAUUACCGUCAUGUGCGCUCGAGAUAACUCAGAAAAGCUGACGAAUGCUGCUUUUCAAGAUGCUAUCAAGGAACUUUAUGAAAAGAAAGACGGUCUAAACGAAUGGCAAUUGCGUCUUCUAGAAUGGUACAUUCUUGAGUUGAAAGCAAGUGGAUAUGACAAAAAGGACGAAAAGACAAGGAAACUGAUGGGCAGUUGGAGUCGAUUUAUUGAUGAAUAUCGGACUAAAUAUAUCACCAACGUUAUGGCAACAAAUGAUCAAAACACUUUUGUGGUAACGGAUAAAGCUGUUUUAAAAGAUGCUCCCUCACACGUUUUGCAAAAUUUGGCGAUUAAUUCGCAAAAAUGGGAAGCAGGUCCUUGGAGAGGUCACAUGGCACCAAAGUCACUUUUGCCAUUUUUAAAAUACUGCAGCGAUCGUCAAUUACGAGCAGGAGCUUGGGAGAAAUGGAUAAGCAAAGCCUCAUUCGAACACGAUUUCUACAACAAUUCGAUUAACAUUGAGGAAUUGCGACAUAACAAUGAUGGUCUGGCAAAAACUCUCGGGUAUGCCUCAGUAUCCGAACACCGAUUGGCGAAUAAGAUGGCUUCUAGUCCUGAUACAGUCCGAUCCUUCAUUCAAGCCCUUGAAAGAAGAAUACGCCCUGUUUUCAUGGAUCGCAUGGAGGCUUGGAGAGAUUUCGCGCAACAAAAACUUUUUAUGUCUGGUGAUCUUUUGCCUCACGACUUAUUUUAUGUUUGUCCUAAAGAAGCCGAGGCACAUUAUGACGUUAACACUCUUAAUUUGAUGAAUCACUUCCCAUUCUGGCCAACUUUCAACAAUGCCACUACAUUGCUUAAUCAGCUAUUCAACAUUGAGUUUACGGAUAUUACGAAUAGUGGGUUAGAGCGAGCACAUCCCGACGCCAAAAUAUUUUCGGUCAAAGACAAUAAAGAUGGUACUCAUUUGGGCCGCCUUUACCUCGAUCCAUAUGCUAGAGAAAAUAAGCACAGCGGUUGGAACACUCUUCUGGCACGCACGGCUGCACCUGAACGAGGCCUUGACAAGAUUGUCUAUUUGAUUGGUUCUGUUGUACCACCCGUUCAUGAUGCUCCAUCAUUGUUACAUUAUGAACAAUUGCAGGACUUUCUCUUUCAGUUGGGAAAAGUUGUGCAAUUGUUAGUUUCACGAUCACCAUAUCGUGAUAUUUCAAUUCCAUGGGCCCCAUUCUACGCAUCUGACUGGGAUGCUGCUGAUAUGUUCCCUGUUUUCUGUCAAUUCUUCGUGACAAAACCUGGACUACUUCAAGCACUCUCAUCACCAGAUUACAAAAGUAGCGCUCCUUUGUCCUAUGAACAAGCCGAGUGUGCAUCUUUGGCAUUGAGUCGUGGAACGCUUUUCGACACCUACCGAACGCUUUUCUGGGCGGAUUUCGACUUGACCUUGUUUGAAAUGGAAGAGCGAAAGCAAAAGUUUUGGUUAGAUUUGUAUCGGGAGAUGCACAAAGAAUAUUUCCCAUGGCGAAUGCACCGUAACGAUUAUCAGCCAUGCUCUUUUAUGCCGAUUUUUGCUCGACAACCUUACAUGUCGAUGUAUUAUCGUAAAUUAUGGUCAGAGAUGCUAGCUCUUGACAUUCAUGAGACUUUCCGACUUGAAGGUGACGAGCCAACAACAGGACAACGACUAAAAACGGCCGUGCUUGAAAGAGGAGCGGGUGAUGUUGCCAAAGAACUGUAUCGACGCUUCCAGGGAAGAGAUCCAUCAGUUGGACCAAUUUGUGAUUUCUACGACCCACCACCAUUUACGGAAGAUCAACAGCAAACAGCAACU